AAAAGUGCACGGAUCGACAUGAUCUCUGCAAAUUUUGGAUGUCUAUUGGUGAAUGUCAGACCAACAAAGUAUGGAUGGAGGCCCACUGCCCAGUAUCGUGCGAUGUCUGCAACGGAACGAUGGCGUGUGUGGAUCGACAUCGCCUAUGCAAUUUCUGGACAGCAAUCCGAGAGUGCGAGACGAACGCCGUUUGGAUGUUGUCCAACUGUCCCAAGUCUUGCAAUGCAUGUAAAGGCAAAACAAUUGGCCCCGGUGGAGGUUCACGAAAAGAUGGAGGAUUUCGUGAGGAAGAUUGCACUUUCAUCACCACCCACGAAGACAGGGAUGACCGCGGAAGGCUAUCAGAACACCGGUCUGACGGUACCUGUGCUGCUCAACUCGUUGUACGUCGUUCUCUCGAACACGACCCUCGUCCCGCGAUGCAUCGCGUCUGCUGCUCUCGUCGGCCUCACAGAUUCCUCAUCACUCGAAAUGCUCUUCUGA